UUGUCUGGAGGCUCUAGUGUGAGCGCCAGCGUAUAAUAAACCUGCCACGCAACUAGUAAUUUGGUCAGAAACGUGUUGAGUGUGCCAGCGAGCAGACGUGUGCUUUAAGAGCUUAAGUCAAUAAGUAGGGGAAGAUUUUUUAUUGCUCGAACCGUACUGCUAAUACACACACAGAGAGUUUUCGUCGUCGUGCUGAAUUUUUUUAAACGUGUAAACCAAAGUGAAAACCAGAAAGACCAAUACCGAUUAAAAAGGAACAUUAUUAACAAAAUGGCCAGUGCAGAAAAUAAAAGUUCUACUGGAAAUGGCAAUCGUCCCCCUGUUAGCUCGUCGGAGCACCAGGUAAAGGAUACGCAAAGUUUGCUUCCACACUUGGAGUCAUUGGAGCGAAUCAUCAAGUUACCCGUGGUGGGCGCUGCGUGGGAUAAGUCACAAGAUGUCUACGGCAAAGUGAAGGGCAAGAACCGUGUCUUCAACUGGGCACUGUGCGCCGCUGAGGAUUGUGUGUCGCGCGCCGUGUGUACUGCCGCACCCAUUGUCAAUAAACUGGAUAAGUCUAUUGCUUACGUGGACCAGACCCUGGUCAAGGGAAUUGAUAAAUUAGAAGUGAAGGCGCCCAUUAUUAAAGACACCCCACAGGAGAUAUAUAACCAAGCAAAAAAUCGCGUCAUCGAUUGUGUGCAGCCGCACAUUGAACGCGUGGUCAAAUUCAAGGCAGCGGGUCAGCAGAAAGCCGCCUCGCUCAAAGAUCUUGCCUGGCAGAAAGCUAACGAGGUCCUGGCUACACAGUAUGGCAGUCUUGCUGUCAACGGUGUUGAUACUACAACAGCGCUGGCUGAACGUUUGCUCGAAUACUAUUUCCCCAAGUCCGAAUCCGAUGUGGAAGAGGAUAAUGAUAAUAAACAAAAUGCUGUAGUGCAAAAUGGCAAAAGAGCAGAAAACGACAUGCCAGUUCCCGCCAGCGAGGACCCCGUUUUACACACAGUACAGACUGUCGGACGCCUAUCCAAUAAGAUCUCACGUCGUGUCUAUCGAAAUGUCUCCAGGCAGAUCAAGCAGGUCCAAAAGGGCAACAUUAACGACUAUCUAAGCUCCCUAAUUGCAGCCCUAAAACUGCAUCAGUACAUAAACUUUAUUAAUUCAUCAAUGGGCACAAAUGUGGAGCAGUCCACGUUAGCUGAAAGCUGCACGCCCUACGGAUCCACUUCUUCAGCUGCGCCAGGAACCAUAUCGUCCUCUCCCUCCUCGGUAGCUGUGUCCGUGAGCGCCAGCAACAAAAACAAAGCUUCCGCGCCCAGGGUGCCCUUGGCUGCGUCUGGUGGCCAAUAAUUGUGUUGCGUCUUUCGUAAAGUGCAACAUCGCCUGCACUUGGGUGCAUAUUCAUCCCUCAUUAUCAUUUGUCUCUUUUUUUUAAAAAUUUUUAGCAUUUUGACCGCUGUUUAGUGGGAAAAGUAGCUCAAGCUGACACUAUAGGGAUAAUCAUGUUUGUGAAAUUUCUUGUUUCCUGAUGCCCCAUUCACCGCCCCCCUGUACCACCACUAAUGCUUUGUAAAUAUUUAUUUUGAAGUAGCAGAGCAAGCUCUACGCACCUGGCAGUCCCUCUAUUUACAUAUAUUUACUUGCAUAAAAUUAAGUUAUAGUAGUUGAGGAACAUAAAAAUUAUAGAAUUUCCUUUAAGAUUUAGCUGUGCUAACUUUAAAUUUAAAUCAAGGCGCCGCACAACUCCAAUCCAUAUUUCCCACAGCGCCCUCAGUCGCUUGCAAUCGUAAAUUGUGCAGGCGGUCCAAAUUCAGUUUUAAGCAACGUUAUGUAUAGCGUUUUGAAUGAAGAAUAUAUAUUACAUCUUAUACAAAUCUUUACAUAUACAUACACAAUAUAUUAGAUUUAAAAUUAUAGAUAUCACACUGUUGAUAGUAAUGAUAAUGUUUAUGAGAAGAACUUAAUGCUAUAAUGAAUUGUGCUUUAUAAAUAUGAAAAUAUUAACAAUAUUUUACUCUAAAUAGUAAGCUAAAAACAAAAACCUGAAAAAUAAACAACAAAAACAAGAUACA